AUGUCAACCACACAAUUGAGACGAGUUCCGCGAGGAAUUUCAGGAAAAAAAAUCUGCGUAAAAUGUAGAACCCAGGUUGUUCUCCACAGGGAAACCACAUGGUCCCACUCGCCUUGGAGGACAAUCUGUAAGAACGCGGCGGUUCACAAGCCCCGCUCGGUCUCGGUGAGACAGGGCCAACGUCAAGAAAAUGCUCCAGAUAUACGAUUUUAUUACAAUAUCUUUUCCUAUCCUGCAACGAAUUUGAACGGUAUCCUGAUGAUGAGCAUGAUGAGCCGAUGUCAGCAGAUUAAUGGAAAGACUUUGACGGAUGGAGGAAAGGAGCAAAGUAUAGGUCAUCGAACGAUUCUAAUGAAGGCUGUAUCAGAUAAGAAAGAAAAGGACGAGGGAAAAACUGAAAAUCCUGCAGUAUGA